AUUUUCCUUGGCCUGAUGUCUGGCCUUAGAUGAAUAGCCAUCGCCUCCAUCUUGACCACUCCUCUCCUCUCCGUCGCCCCAAAAACACACACCACACACACUCUCACUCUCUCAUAAACCCCUUCCGCGGCCUGAAGAUAAGAGAGACCGGAGGUCCGCACGAUAAUCAGCCGGCGCCAGUUCAGGUCUACGCAGUGUGCGAUAAUCAUCAGUGUGAAUUCGCGUGUUUGACGAUGGCGGAGCUGGCGGCCGCUGAAGUGUACGCGCCGCGGACGAUACAGGUGUGGAGGACGCUCCUGAACUGGAUGGCGUUCUUCUUCCAGAUCUUCGCACAGAUCCUCCGCGGUACCCCGUCGUUUAAUCAGGUCCUAUCUUAUGUUGGCAUCCGUCCCGGCUCUUUGCUCUCUACUGCCCCUCACGCGCCGCAGUUUAAGCCUCUGUCGGUGGUUGAGCUGACGGAGUUCUCGGCAGAGCCAGAGGAGGCGCCGCCUCCAGCCGCCGUUCCAGUUUCCGUUGGUGGAGGGAAGAUGGUUGAUUCUCCACCUUUAGAGAAACUAACGGUCGUUCUUGAUUUGGAUGAAACUCUGGUAUGUGCAUAUGAAACAUCCAGUUUGCCAGCUAUGCUACGGACCCAAGCUACAGAAGCUGGCAUAAAUUGGUUUGAACUGGAAUGCAUCUCUUCUGACAAGGAAUUUGAAGGCAAACCUAAGAUCAACUACGUGACAGUGUUUGAACGUCCUGGACUGAAGGAAUUUCUAAACCAGCUUAGUGAAUUUGCUGAUCUUGUAUUAUUUACAGCUGGACUUGAAGGCUAUGCUAGACCUCUUGUUGAUAGAAUAGAUGUUGACAAUCGAUUCAGUCGAAGACUUUAUCGGCCUUCUACCAUUAGCACGGAGUAUCGUGAACAUGUAAAGGAUUUAUCUUGCUUGUCAAAGGACUUCUGUCGAAUUGUAAUUGUUGACAAUAACCCAUUUAGUUUCUUAUUGCAACCAUUAAAUGGAAUUCCAUGCAUACCAUUUUCUCCUGGACAACCUCACGACGUACAGCUGAUGGAAGUUAUCCUCCCAUUGCUCAAGCACCUUUCUCUGCAAAAGGAUGUAAGACCUGUCCUCUAUGAAAGGUUCCAUAUGCCUGAAUGGUUUCGGAAGCACGGAAUUCCUGCUUCAGGGUGGACAUAGGAAAACAUUGUUGAUCGUUGUGCCUGUCUUAUAUAUUUUAUUUAAGCGUCCAGGCUAAUUAUUCUUUUCAAGAAGGCAGCAUCUCUUAGCCAGAGCGACAAAAUUUUGUAUAGCAUUAUUCCGUGCAUGGAAGCAGCCAUUGAUGAGAUUCUGAUUAUCUCAAGUCUUACUGGAGGAAUUCCGUUCUACGCAAUCAAACAUUGUGCAAUCGUGAAAAAGUAAGAUUCGUGUAACGUUGUUCGUAGUAUUCCAGCAUCAUGGGAUGUCGCAAUGUCUCCCUAGUGUGGUAUGCUGUUGAUACAAUGAAUUAUUAGUCGUGGCACAGGCCUUGGUGCAUUUCUGUGUAAUAGAUACGUGAUAAAUUUAAAUGAAGUAUUUCUGUAAAUAUCUCAUCAAGAUUCUGAUAAUUACCCUUCUAGGUUUUUAAACUUUUGUCUAGUCUAUACAAAUGGUGCCUAAAUUUUGCUA